AUGGCGGCAAUGGUUUCAAACAUGGUUUGUUCUAAAAUAUAUUUUUUUUCGUCGGAGUAGAAGUGAAAAUUAUUUGGAAAAUCUAGUAUUUUUUUAGCGUUUUCCAAUUCCUGGUGCAGCUGGACCAUCAAAUGUUACUCUGACGAUCCAACCGUCAACAUCCCACAGUGCGUAUUUUUUGAAUUCGCCUCUUUUCUUUUUUUUGCGUAGUUUUCACAAAAUUUUCAGGUUUCCGGAGGCCACAACAACAGAAUGCUGGACGGUUUAACCACAACCCGGUAUAGUUUUUUUUUGUUAUAUCUUUCAAAAUGUUUUUCAUCGAUGAAACUGAGAAUUUAUCAUUAUUAUUUUUUCAAUUGACCAUUCACUUUUUUUUCAGUUCCAAAUGGGCGUUGGCGACAUGAUGGGAGAUGGUCCUGGCCGUCGAUUACGGAAAAAUGUGGCCAAUGUUCGUCGACAUGUUGAUUAUGUUUCUACUGUGUUGAAUCACGCAGAGGUUUGUUGCCUUCUUCGUAUUGCGUUUUUGUUGGUGAAAUUUUUUUUUUGCGUCAAUAGAGUUCGGUUUUCCGCGAUCAAAGGUUCUAUUUCUCUUCUUGUUGCUUAUUUUACAUCCAAGUUUCUCAUUACGUUAACUCACAACUCAAAGGUUUUCUCACUAAUUCUUAACACGGAAGCCUAUUAAAUUUCAAGAACUUAGUUCAUGGUUACUACCAGUCGAAAACAAUUCCGUAAUUAACCUUCAUUUUUCGAUGCAGAAUAUUUUGAAAAUCGUGAAUAAUUCGAGAAUCAAUCUUUUCAUUUGGGUAAGCCAUUCUUUAUGCUCUUCAAUCAUCAUAUUCAUCAUCUUAUUCUUCAAACAUCUUGUCGUCCAAUUUCACUUUUCUGUAUAUUUUUUUAACUAUUGAACUUAUGUCCGAUUGUUCAUCUUAAUUUCCUUGGUUUCUUUAAAGCCCUGUAGUAUAAAAUUAUCCCAUCAUCACAAAUCCAGAAAUUUUUUUUCAACUUACUCGGAGUUUUUCGUCGAGAUUUGAAAAAAAAAAGUUAGUUAUCAAUUGUUUAAUCAAAGAUUCAGGAUUUGAAAAUUUUGUCAGUUGAAAGGCUUGCGUUUCCAAAUAAUAGUUAAUAACUAUUUUCUAGUGCUUUCUCUCUGUUUUUUACAGGCGUCAUUAAAGUUCUUCUCUUUUCGAAACGUCGUGUAGUAAUCUUUUGAAACCCUCAAACAUUUUUCAUUUUUUUGUAUGCAACCAAAUUUGCUCGUUAUAUAUUUUCCCAUAUAAUUUAUAAGAAUUGAACAUGUUCAUUAAAUUGCAGUUAAUUUUAAAGGUAUCAUGGCCGCACCCCGCGGUGGGAUUCAGCCGACGUAUGCUUUCGAGUCGUGAUUUCGAAAUAACACUACCUCCUUAAAAGGAGAAAUAACUUUAUUGCUCAUUUUUAAAAUUGUUUGCGAGUCAACCCUUUCUCCUGAACUAAUUGAUUCAUUUUCUUGCCCAUGUAGGACUUGAAAAUUUUCGAUAAGAGCUUAUAAAGAUGCUUUUUAUGAGAGACCGCCUCUAAAGAGAGAGUUACGAAGCAGAAAAAAAAAGCUUCCGUCAGAAGGGAAGCCGUAAAUACAGAAAUGAAGCUGAGAAGUUGAGGCGCGACUGUGGCAGUAUGGACGGAAGCAACGGAUGCUGCAGCAGCCGGACGAACUCUACCAGAACACGGCGUUGCCCGUCCACUGCACGAUGGACGUCCCUGUCGACUGCAUCCUCACCAAAUUCGUCCGCGCCGCCAUGAACAAAGUCAAGUGUCCCGUCUACAGUCUCUGUGUACGUUCACAUCUUCUUUAUCAAGUUCCUUUUCAUCCAUAUCAAAUUUGCCUCUCCUUCCCUGCUUAGAUAGCUUUCUCGAAGUAUUUGUAUUUCGCAAAAGCAUUCAAUAGCUGAUUUUCGGAAAAAUAUCCAUGUUUAAUUCAAAAAAAGUCUUUGCGGUUCAGCUUGAAUCAAGUGAAAGAAAAUUUGAAACAGUUUGUUAUAAUUAUUUCAAUUUUUUUCGUAUUUUUUUACAAAGCUUACAUUGCUCCUCCUUGUUAUUUUGAACUUUCUGUCAAAAUUGGCGAGUUUUCAUUCAAUUAAAACUAGGAUAAUUAAAAAAAUAUUUAAAAAAGGAUGGAAGUGAUAGAUGUAAACCAUUUUUUAAAGAAAAUUUCCUACGUGGAAGACACUGUCUAGAUAAAACUUUUUUCUAAAAUUACAAACUACUGACUAACUACUGGUGUGCACUAUAAAACAGACUGUCAUAAUCGAAAUAAAUCUGUGAAGUACUUCAGCUUUAUCUCAAAGACUUGAUUUAAAGACUUGUCUCGAAACUGCGAAAAAGUGUUUUCCGCUGUCUAUUCAUUUAGAUUUUGAAUUUCAGUGGUCGCCGGAGGGAAAGCGACUGAUAACGGGGGCAUCAACUGGCGAGUUCACACUUUGGAACGGUACCGCGUUCAAUUUCGAGACGAUUCUACAGGUAAUCAGGAAGUAGUUUAACUUGCGCCGUCCAGGAGCUUGCGGAACAGUUCGGUCGACCUCGUCGUGGUCCCAAACGCCUCGACUUUUAAAUUUCAAAUCAAUGUUCCGUACUUUCUUUUUUCUUGUUCUUUCCACAAAAAGUGUCAUGUAAAUAAUAGACAAUGAACAAGAGAAAGAGAAGUUUCCGCAAAUAAAAUUGGAAACAAUCGCUACAGAAACUCCGUUCUUACCCGGUAUGUUUGCCCUUUUCUUAAUGUAUUGACAGUUUAAUAAAGAAUAAAUAAAAUUCACAUCCAUUGUCAUAUUUCUUUUUGAAAUGGGAUUUGGUUGUGAAUAAUAAAUAUUAAUUAUAUUUUGGUUUCGGUGCAUUUAAGGGAAGAACUUUACAACAUUUUUUCAAACAGAAAGGACAGUUAUAAUAAUCCUUAAAGGAUCACUUGCCAAAAAAUGCUGAAUAUUACACUUUAUAUCUAUCAAGGCUCGAAAUUUGAUUCAUAGAAAGUAAAAAAUGAUUAUGAUUACUGAGGUUAAUGUUUGGAAACGGAGAGUUGUCCCGUUUUCGAAAUGGGAUACGCCUGAAUCUCUGCAUAAAUAUUUCCUGUUCUUUGUGCGGUUAGUGGUAAAAAGGUCAGCGCAAUUUUUUCUACUUUAACCAAUAAUUCCUCAAUCAGUUGUUUCGAAGCGAAUAACGACCUUUACAGCAGUUGCUUCUUCACAGGAGAAGGAAUCGAAUCCCUAUCAGAUCAUUUUCACAGGAUAGUUGAGAUCAUCCGCAGUGCCGAAUUUUUUAGACGAAUUUUUUUUUCUCAAUUUUAUGAAGUUUGAUUGUUUUUUUAAGCUAGCGAGUUUUGGUAUAAAAAAGUAGAUACUUAAAUUCAGUAAAUCCGUGAAUGAAUGUCCCACUUUUUUCCACCAAAUGAAUCAUAAAUCGUAAAGUCGGCUCAAGAUAGAUGAAACGUAAAAAAUUGACUGUCAAGCUUGAAGGGUUCCGACGUGACUCCUGGGGCAGCAUACUUUUGAAAAGUUGGGGUGAGAGGUUAAGAAUGAGUGUUAAGGCACACGACUCGGCGAUCCGCGCGAUGCGGUGGUCGUCGAACGAGCAGUGGCUGCUGAGCGCCGACCAGGAUGGCUACGUCAAGUACUGGCAGCCGAACAUGAACAACGUGCACAUGUUCGCCGCCCACAAGGACGAAUCCGUGCGCGGUCUUUGGUACGGUUUUCGUUGCAGCCUCUGCUUUCGUUCUCGAGUCAUUGGAACCAAUUAAGAAAAAGCAGUUUUUUCAUCCCCAUGGCUAUUUUUCGAUACAAUUCCUGUUGCGGCAGUUACAUCGACGAGGAAAAUUAUCUUCUGUAUCCUUCUCGCUUACAGCUUUGCUCCCACGGAUGUGAAGUUUGCGACGGCUUCUGACGACGGAACUUGUCGCGUUUGGGAUUUCGCGCGAUGUGCCGAAGAAAAAGUGCUCCGUGGCCACGGAUCCGAGGUAGGUGAAGCCGGUGACAAGCUAACUUAGGCCUGAAGUGCCAAAAUCUCGAAUAUCAGGUGUAAAAUAGUUAUCUCGAUAUUUUUUGAAAAAAAUCUGUAAUCACAGUUUUGAUUUCGGGCAAUACUUCUGAGGUGUGCUAGUUCCACUGAUUAUAGUUUUUUUGCGUUCUUUUUGGAAUUUAGUUAUUCGUAUGUUGAAGUUUAGCACGAUCCAUCUACUAGUCAAAAAUGAUCUCCUCCGAGAAGGUCAAAUUUGUUGAAGAAUUUUUAAAAAGGUGUUGAGAGCCGCUUUGAUACUUGUUCAUACACCUCUUAGCAACGUUAGAACCCAGAUUGAGGAUAACCACAGUAACGAACUUUGCGCACCUCGUAUCAUACAGAAGUUCGACUGUCUUCUGAGAAAAAGUCUCUCAUUUUGAGGUUCGCUGCAUCGACUGGCACCCGACCAAAGGACUCAUCGUCUCAGGCUCUCGCGACACUCAACAGCCCGUCAAGCUGUGGGAUCCGAAGAGUGGACAGUGUCUUGCCACUUUGUGCGUUCACUUAAGGGGCUAGGAUGAUUUCGGGCGUUUCAGCCAAGAACACAAAAGUUCUGUGAUGGCCGUGGAGUUCAACCGGAACGGCAACUGGCUGCUGACCGGCGGCCGCGACCAUCUCGUCAAGAUGUACGACAUCCGCGUCAUGAAGGAGAUGCACACUUACCGAGCCCAUAAAAAAGAAGUCAUUUGUGAGUUUCCGUCUGUUUUUCGUCUGAAAAGUCGGCUCCAGCGGUCGCCUGGCAUCCUGUCCACGAGGGUUUGUUCGUCUCUGGAGGCGGCGACGGCUCCAUCGCCUAUUGGCUCGUCGACAGCGAAAAGGUAACGAAUAGGAUAUGCAGGGCGAAAUCUCCUCCUUUUAUUUAGAAUCGGCUUCACAAUCAAACUAACUUGAAAUUUUUCUCACAGUAGAAGUCAUUUUUCGAUAAAUGUUUUUUUUUACUAAUCUUUUCUCAAAAUUUUCUGUUUUCAAAUGUAUUCAACUAAAUAAGGUAUGUCCUAUUUUUCGUUUUCAAAAUAAUAACUCGGCGGUUGAAGCAGUUGAACAAAUGAAAGUUUUAAAUUGCAGGAGAUCGGAUUCCUGGAACAUGCACACGACCAGGCGAUUUGGGCCAUGAGAUGGCAUCCGAUGGGACACAUUUUGGCCACUGGUUUGAAAGAUUUGGUUUCUUUUCAAUUAGAACUUGAUCAAUUUGAGGCUCAAACGACAACAACACCAAGUUCUGGGCACGAAACAGACCUGGAGAUACUCAAGAGGACAUUUUCGGUCUAUCUUCAAUAGCCAUGGUUAGUGACGUUUUUGAACUUCUAACGAAAAAAUGUACGCUUCCACUUGAUCGACACCCAGCUUUUUAAUUUGUUCUUAUGUAUUGUUAAGAGCUUCUCUUCUUCCGCUAGUUUUUUUUUUGAACUUACAUUUUGCUGUCGUGAAAGCUCUCUGCAAGAAGAGGUGGUUUCAGGUCGGAGCUCUGGACAAGGAACGAGAACCGAAGGCUGCUCCAAAGCCAGUGGCCAUAGAUCCGUUGGCCGAAGAGUUGGCCCUUCCCGAGAACACGUUCAUUCCCGGAAUGGGACUCGACGACGAGCUCUAUGAGCAGGUUUCUUGCUCAUAGAAAAGCCCAGUCCAUCUUCAAUUUUCAGAUGAAUCGCGACGUGCAUGUGGGCGGAAUGGACUCAGGGCUUCUGGUGCCCGACGAUCUAACCAGAACGCAACAAGGACCUAUGAUCGGCGCCAAAAGGACGCUGAUCAAGCAGCUGCCAGCGAAAAAGGCGCAACGCCAAUUCGAACGCAUGUGGAACAUUUCCAAGGGAGUUGGAGCAGGUCGGCGCUGUCAGGUCUUUCGAGAUGGGGUUUUUUUUGCAGGAACUGACGACUUCUCGGCCGUUCUUGGAGGAAUGGGAAGGAACGACGAGCAAAGCUCUGCAAACUCACAAAACCCUCACGAAAACGCAGGACGCAGAGCCAAGCCGAGCCUUCUUGGCGAUGCUCCAACGCCGUCGCUUCUCGGCGGUCCCAAGCCGACCCCGUCCCUUUUGGGCCCACCAUCGAGUCGUCCUCCAGCUCCGCCGGGGCCUCCGCCAACGGUCAAUGCUGGCCCUUGGCCUCCCAAGCCGCCUCUUCGUCCGCCACCGCAGCCACAUCAGAUGCCGCCGCCAUUCCAACCGCCUUUCGACCGCUCCGUGCCGCCUUCCCAGCAGUCCUUCGAACGCUCGGGCCCGCAGUCUCAGCAGCAGCAACAAUACGAAAGACUGCCUCCUUUCCAGCAACAUCAGUCCUUCGAUCGCGAUCGCCCUGCCCCGUCACAGCGUUCUGGUUCGUUUGACGUCAUCUAAUUAAAGUCCAUAUUUUCAGUGGAAAUGGUUUGAGAUCUUAUCUAUUUGAGCCUCAUAUAACUAUCCCAAAUUUCCAUUCGAAAUCGCACGAAAAUUACCUUCCGAAGCAAACCGAUAUAGCGCGUCAAAAAGCGAAAUAACGGUGUAGGAGUCCACCCUACCAACUUUACGUAGAUUUGCGGACGAACCAUCAAACUUGACGUUAAAUGUCGGCUAAUCACCUUCCAAUCAGAGCUUAUGCUCAAUGAUUCGCGUAAACAUCUACGAUUCCUUUCAGAUGCUCCGAUGGGACAAAAAACUUCCACUCCGCCUCCGGCUACAGCUCCGCAACAAAGGCAGCCACUUCGUCCGACGCCUCCGAUGCCGCCGCCGCAGUUGUUCAACAAGAUGGGCGUGCCGAUUCCACCUCCAGGGCUGCCGCCGCCAGGAAUGUCUUCGGCCAUGUGGCCGUUGCCGCCGCCUCUGAACGUACAUCAACAGCAAAUGCUGAAUCGCGUGGGACCGCCUCCGCCGGCUCGAUCUUCUGGAGAGGUGAAACAACCCUUUCAAUGGUCAAAGAAGUAUUAUGACUAUGGUUUGUAAAAAUGAUAGGAGGACAUCGAAAAGAGAAAAGGAAAAAAGGGGGUGAAGUAUGAUUUUAAACAAUAUAAUAAAAAAAAGAAAGGGUCGUGCGAUACAGACAUUUCUGGCGAUGUGACCGGCGGAAUUUUUUUCGAAAAUGUAUAUUUUCGAAAAAAAAUAGAUUUUCUUUUAACUUUCAUAGUUGAUCGAGAUUCUUUUAAUUUUCUCUUUACUUCCUAUCCGAUUUUUUGUGAAGAAAAAGUUACAGAAAGCUAAACUUUUAUGACCAGGAAUAUUAUGUUCUGUCUUCAUUUAUUUGUAUCCAACUACCUAUAAUGAUUUUUUUUUCAUUGUCGUUUUUAAAAAAAAUUUAAGGAUGUGGACUAUCGCCUCCCACCGCCCGCAGCACCUUCGCAGUCAGGAGACGUCGACUUGCGCUCCGUCAGAAUGCCGCCUCCAAUCAACUUCGGACAGCCGCCGCCGACAAAAGCCCCGCCAAAGGCCGACGAAUCCUGGAGGACUUCUUCAGGAGCAGCCGCUCUUCAGAACAAAUUGCCGCCGCCGCAGUUCGGUUCGAGAAAAGAUGUUUCGUCUUUGUUUCAUUUCUGUGUUUCUUUCAGAUCUCCCACCAUCUACACAUCAGCCGAAUCUUCCUGUUGAUCCACGUCUGAACGAUCCGCGGUUAAGACCCAGGGUAAGAUUUUUUCCGUCUUAUCGAUGACUUUUGUCCCAAAGAGUAUAUUUUUUCGGCUUCUUGAUGGAAGAUAUGUUGUCUCAGAAAAAAGAACAACAACAAAGACAUAUGCUCAUUCAGAACGAGGAGCCGCGACAAGAGAAGAAGAGCGGAUGGAUGCCGCAGUUCAACACAGCUCAACCGCCACAACUACCCAAUCCUCCUCAACAUCAACAGCAGCAAGGCACGGGCGGUCCGAUGCGCAACGGCGCCGAUUCCUGGCGUUCUCAGCCGUCGAAGAACGGGCAGCGGCGGCCUGGAGGACCCUAUUGA